AUGGUCCCUAUAUGCAGUCUCCUUUUUCUAGUAAGUAUCCUCUCCCAAACCAGCAUUAAAGAACUACAUGCUCCAGUCCAAGCUUUGAGCAGGAAGAAACUGCAGCAGCAAAAUGUAAUCCAGCAGCUGAAAAUCCUCAAAACCAAUCUUCAGCUGAGAGCAAUCAAUUACAGUCCAUUACUAAUCAAAGAAUCCAAACAGUCUACCAAGAUCAGUCCAGAUACAUUCACAGAUCUUGAUAACUCAGAAACAUCCCCUCUGAAUACCAGAUGCAUUAUAGGGAAGCUCAAUCAUCAAUACAUCUCCUAUAAAAGAGAAGGGGAAUACAGUCCUCCUUAUCAAUCCAAAAUGAAGCGUAAAAGAAAGCAGGAUGAUAGAAGGAAGACUGAUCAACCACCCUCCAAGGCCAACAAGAGAAAUCCAGAAGAUAGUCCAAGAGGAAGAAGGGAUAGUCAGGAAACUCCAGAAAUGGAAGUUUUGAUUAUACUACUGAUAGAGCAUCUCAAACGUUUGUUGGAAACAGAAAGGCAGGGCCAACAAACCAAAGAAGCAAAGUGA